AUGCACAAGCGUCACAUAGUGUAUCGUGAUCUGAAGCCAGCGAAUAUCUUGUUGGAUGAGCACGGUCAUGUCAGGAUAUCGGAUCUGGGGCUCGCAUGUGACUUCUCAAAGAAAAAACCUCACGCCAGCGUUGGUACACAUGGAUACAUGGCCCCAGAAGUUCUCUCAAAGGGCACUGGUUAUGAUUCAUCAGCUGAUUGGUUCAGUUUCGGCUGCAUGCUGUACAAGCUGCUCAAAGGUCAUUCACCCUUCCGCCAGCACAAGACCAAGGAUAAACACGAAAUAGACAGGAUGACACUCACUAUGAAUGUGGAGCUGCCGGAAUCAUUCAGUCCUAGUCUGAAAAGUUUAUUAGAAGGUCUACUGCAGCGGGAUAUCAAUAAACGUCUCGGUUGUAAAGGAAGGGGCGCUGAUGAAGUAAAGGAGCACGUUUUCUUCGCUGGUAUCGACUGGCAGCAGGUGUACCAUCAGAAGUACACUCCUCCUCUCAUACCGCCGCGGGGAGAGGUGAACGCAGCAGACGCCUUCGACAUUGGCAGCUUCGACGAGGAAGACACCAAGGGCAUCAAGCUAACAGAAGCUGAUCAAGCACAAUACAAGGAUUUCCCUCUCGUUAUAUCCGAACGCUGGCAGUCCGAGGUAGCCGAGACUGUGUUCGAAACUAUCAAUCAGGAGGCAGACAAAAUGGAAAUGAAGAAGAAAUCCAAGCAGAAGCAAAAGUUUGAUGCCGACGAAAAAGAAUCAGACUGUAUUCUCCACGGCUAUAUAAAGAAACUAGGUGGGCCAUUCGCCAGCGCCUGGCAGACGAGAUACGCUAAGUUGUAUCCGAAUCGUCUUGAGCUACAUUUGGAGAACAGCGCGAAACCUGAAAUGAUACUCUUGGAUACAGUGGAGGAAGUUUCCUCAGAUUUUGUGUCCAUUAAAAGCGAACAGUGCAUCGUUCUACGGACUAGGAACGAUACUAAAAUUGUACUCACUAAUACUGAUGAAAUAGGUCUUAAAGAAUGGGCGUUGUCUCUGAGGUCGGCUCACAAGUGUUCCCAAGAACUUUUAGCGUCUAUGGCGAAGAAGGCCGGCAAGAUAUACGGAACGGAUGGCGCCAAAGAAUCUAUUGCCUUAGGAAGACCGCUUCCGGCCGCCUCGCCCGCGCUAACACGAGCUCCAAACGGAAGUAACUAG